CACAAGUAUUAUUAAUUUAAUUGUAAAUUUCAACAAUAACACAAGUGCUAGUAGUUCCACUCAAUUUUACUAUGAACCGGAAAAUCAUGUCCUAUGACCGCAACUGUGCACAUAUUUGCUUGGGGGUUCACCGAAACGUUAUCAUACGCAAAGUCAGCAGGAGAAGAUUUGUAUAUAAAGCGUCCGAACAACGAUCCAUCAUCAGUCACUUCACAGACUAUUCUAAGGUAACUUCGACGGUUCCUCCACAAGUCUCCUCGAGAACUUCAACCAAAAUGGUCAAGAUCUACUUCCUCGCCGCUCUGGUUCUUAUGGCCCUUGCCGCCAUUAUGGCUGCACCAGUUGAAAAUGAAUAUGAAGUCUUUGUGCCAGAAGUUGAAGAACGUGCUGACAGGCACAGAAGAGUGACCUGUGACUUGCUCUCCUUCGGAGGAGUCGUCGGAGACAGUGCUUGUGCUGCAAAUUGUCUGAGCAUGGGCAAAGCUGGAGGUCAUUGCGAAGGUGGAGUCUGCCUUUGCCGCAAAACCAACUUCAAGGACCUUUGGGACAAACGCUUCGGCUAAAUUCAAUUUUUCACAUCUGCACACACCUUCCAUACGUAGCAGCCUUUCUGCGUACAACGGGGGUGGGAAGCAGACCGCCAUUAUCGAGAAACAUUAAUUCUUUCUGACGUUCGAUAGAUUCUUUAUUAUAUUAUUUAAUGACGACCAUAAUACCUCAUGUACGAUUUUAAGUUCAGAAUAAAAUUUAAUUUAAACAGAAA